AUGGGAAAUAACAAAGAAGCAUUUUCCUCAGAAUCUUCUAGGUCCAAUCCAACUCGAAGAACCUGGAAGUAUGACGUUUUCUUGAGUUUUAGAGGUGAAGACACUCGUGAAGGCUUCACAAGCCACUUGUACCAAGCAUUGGAUGGGAGAGGAUUCCAUGUUUUUAUAGACUAUGGACUUACAAGAGGAGAAGUUAUCUCACAAGAACUGCUGCAAGCAAUUGAAGAAUCUCGCUUUGCAAUUGUUGUUCUCUCUGAAAAUUAUGCUUCUUCUUUUUGGUGUUUAGAUGAGCUCCAACAUAUUCUUACCUCAAGAAAUAACUCAGAUCAAAUAGUCUUCCCUGUCUUUUAUCGUGUACAUCCACCUGAUGUGAUGAACCAACGAGGAAUAUUUGGUGAAGCUUUUGCCAAACUUGCACGCGGUCAGCCCCAGUCGAAGGUUAAAAAAUGGAGGGAUUCUCUAACAGAAGUGGCUCAUUUAGCUGGUUUUGAUACCCGUAAUUACCGGGACGAAGCAGCACUCAUUAUGGAUGUGGUUGAAAAUUUAUGGGGCCAACUUCGUUCUGUACUGCCACCAGUCAAGGCACAUAGUGAUGCACUGGUUGGAAUUGAGCCGAGGGUAGACGAAAUGCUUUCAAUCUCAGGGAUAGGUUUGGAUGACGUUCGGUUUAUAGGAAUAUGGGGCAUGGGCGGUGUUGGCAAGACCACUCUUGCUAGAGUUAUCUAUGAGACGCUCCAUCACCUGUUUGAUUUUCCUUGUUUUCUUGCCAAUGUUAGGGAGGUUUCAGCUGAAAGAAAUGGCAUACUUCGCUUGCAGAAACAACUGCUUUCACAUUUCAACGUAAAAGACUUACAUAUUGAAGACACGUAUGAAGGACAGAACAUGUUAGGAUACCUUCUCCGCAACAGAAAGGUUUUGCUUGUCCUUGAUGAUGUAAGUGAUCUAGGACAGUUACGGAGUUUAGCUAGAAGCCGAAAGUGGUUUGGUGAUGGUAGUAGAAUAUUCAUAACAACUAGAGAUUUAGACUUACUGACAUGUCAUGAAGUUGAUGAAACAUACGAGAUUACACCCAUGACCGAUGCAGAAUCUCUUCAACUCUUUUAUCAGAAAGCAUUUGGAGGAAGAGGUGUCCCUGCUAAUGAAGACCAAUUUUGGCAGUUGGCUAGAUCAGCAAUUGGUUAUGCUCAUGGCCUUCCUUUGGCUCUCUGUGUUUUAGGCUCCUUCCUUUGUGGUAGAGAUGAUUUAACAGAAUGGGAAGAUGCUUUGCAAUUGUGGGGAAAAGAUGAAAUAAUUCAAAUAUUGGCAGGUUGUGGACUUCCUGCUCCAGCUAGUUUAGGUAGCCUUCGAAAAAAAUCUUUGCUUGCUGAAAUUGAGAUUGGCGGUACUACAUAUGUAGAGAUGCAUGAUUUGAUUCAAGAGAUGGGUAGACUGAUUGUUAUUGAGGAAUCUCCUGUUAUUGUUGGAAGACGCAGUAGACUGUGGCUUCCCAAUGACAUUGACCAACUAAUGGAAAGUGACAUGGGAACUGAAGCAACGGAAGGCAUGGUUCUGCCUCAUAGCUUUGAGAAAGAUGAAGUAGAUUGGAAUCCUGAAGCCUUUUUAAAAUUGUGUUCGCUUCAAAUGCUUAUCAUAUCAAGUAAUUUUAAUCUUUCCCUUCCCUUCAGAGGUCUUCCUCGAAUAUUGAAAGUUCUUCAUUGGUAUGGAUAUCCUAUGGAAUCUCUUCCUUCUAAUGUGAAGAUGGAUCAAAUCAGAUAUCUCAAAAUGCACAAUAGCAAAAUAAAGCGCCUUUCUAAUGAUAAACAGUCUAUGAAGAAGCUAAAGAUUUUGGACUUAAGCCAUUCCAAAUAUCUCCUUCAAACUCCAAAUUUUGUUGGAUAUCAUAAUUUAAAAAGACUGAUUCUUGAAGGCUGCACAUCACUUGUUGAAAUUCAUUCUUCACUCGGACAGCUUCACUGUCUUGUUGAAGUAAAUUUGAAAGGUUGCAUUAAUCUUAAAGUCCUUCCCCAAAAAUUGGAAAUGGAUUCUCUAGAAAAAUUAGUUCUCUGUGGAUGUGUUCGAGUAAGAAUUCUUCCGGAAUUUGAAGAAAAUAUGGAAAAGCUUAGAACACUUGAUGUCAAAGAGACAAGUGUAACCAGACUUCCUAAGUCCCUUGGAUACUUAACAGGGAUUGAAACUUUGGAUUUAAGGGGUUGCCAAAAGCUUGUUGGCCUUCCCCAUGACAUUCACAAAUUGAAGCGUCUGAAAGUUCUUGAUAUCUCAUGCUGCUCAAAUUUUUCUGCAUUACCAGAAAAGCUCAAUGAAAAUGAAGCCUUGGAAAAGCUUGAUGCAAGUGGAACAGCUAUCGUAGAAGUACCUUCUUCUAUUUGUCAUUUAAAAAAAUUAAAGGCACUAGCAUUUCAUGGAUGCAAAAAUCCAACUUCCAAUUCAAGUGUGUGGUCUCUUCUUUGGAGCCAAAUGUUUCAGAGUCAUUCAUCUCCUAAGUACUUAACAUUGCCUGCUUCUAUCUUCAAUAUUCAAUCAUUGACAGAAUUAGAUUUGAGCUACUGCAAUAUUGUUGAUGGGAUCAUUCCUAAUGAACUCAAUGGCUUAUCAUCAUUGCGGACAUUAGAUUUGAGUGGAAACGUGUUUAUGAAUCUACCUGAUGGCUGCAUUUCUAAUCUUUUGAAUCUACAGUCUUUUUAUUUGAAUUCUUGCCCAAAGCUUCAAUUUUUGCCACAGCCUUCGCCGAGUUUAAAUCUAAUGGAUGCCGGAGAAUGUGGUUCAUUGAGAACUUUGUCAGACAGACAAUUGUUACAUCUCUUUGCUUCAAUUGAACAGCAUGCUGAAGAAUUAAGGAGAAUUAAGUCUUUUUCAGUGACUAUUCCAGGGAGUGAAAUACCAUCAUGGUUUGAGAAUCAGAACCAUCUUCGUCUGAAUGAGAAACGUGAAGCCUCUGUAACCAUAGACAUGCCUGAAGAUGAAUGGUUGGGAAUUGGGUUGUGCACAGUAAUUGAUGAUAAGAUUUGUUUGCCUCGCUUGGGGUUUGAUUUCAAAGCUUCCGAUGGUAAGUAUGUAUCCCUUCAAGGAAGGACACGUGAAUAUGAGAAAGAAAUAAAAUCUUCCCAUCUAUGGAUAGCGUUUUGGAAAAUUGAAGAGGAAAACAGAGGUGAACUAUCAAGGAAUUACAGUGAGAUUCGCUUGAAAUUUUGUACUGGCUGGGAACAGCCUCCAUUAAGAUUGGUUGAUGUAGAGUCAAUCAAGUGUGGAUGGCGUUUCAUUCGCGAAGGUGAUUUAGAACGACUCUAG